AUGGAAGCGUUGCCAAAUUUCUUCGGCAACGCGGGAGGCCAACAGUCCGCGGAAGAGACCGGGAUGGACGUGGACGGGGAAGAAGUCUUGUGCGUCAUUCGAUGCGGACGAUUACAUAAAGUUGAAAACAAAAUGAAACCAGACCCGACGAAAGGGAAGUUACGCGUCGUUCGAGGGAUCGAUUCUUUAACUCGAUUACAAUACGGGGAGAGAAACCCGUCGACGCCUUUUGAACCGAGCGAGGAUAUCAUCAUAUUUCCGCAAGAGUGUUUGAGCAAAAUGAUGAAACAACCAAACUGUUUCGCGUUGAAGUUCAUCGAGGACUCGUCGAGAGAUAUGUACUUUUGGUUCCAAGAGAAAGGGGAAGAGGAUGUGAAGAAAGAGUUGUUGCAGAAACUGAACGAGAUGUUGAACCAAACGGAACCGACGCACGGUGGAGGAAUGGGAGGAGGAGGUCAUCAACCGAUGGAUGAGCCAGACUUUGAACAACAGUUGCGAGAUGCCAUUGCGGCGUCGCAAAUGCCGCCAGAUACUCCCGUAAGCGAACAGCAAGAAAACGGAGAACAAGAACAACAAACAGGACAACAGAAAGAAGGUGAUGAGAAGAAUGACGCAGAGAUGGAUAUGGAGACGCCAUUCGUGGGAGCUUCGAACACGGCGCCGAAAGCGCCGCAAAAGGAGAAAGACGCGACUACUCUUCCAGGCGGUGUAGGAACGAGCGCAACUGCGUCUGAAAUGGCCGCCGCGAUGGCUGCCACUAUGUCUGGAAUUCGAGUUCCAGCUUUUGGAGAGAUGACUCCGCUCCAACAACAACAACAACAGCAACAGAAUGGUGGCAGUUUAAGAGAUGUUUUAAAGCCGGAGAUUGUUGGCCCAAUAUUGAGAAACAAGGAAGUGCGCGACCGUUUGUUGGUGCAUUUGCCGGAAGAGCACAGAGAAACGGCUGACUUAGAAGAGUUGAUUCAAACGCCGCAGUUUAGAUCGCAAUUGGAACGAUUUUCGGAGGCGUUGCAAACUGGACAGAUGGAUUUGGGUCAGUUUGGAUUGAAAGCGGAGACAAACUCGCCGAUUGCAGACUUGCGCACGUUCUUAAAGGCUAUUCAAGAGCAAGUGAAAGAGAAAGAAAGCGAGGGUAAAAGUGGCGGCGCUGAUGCGAUGGAGUAA